AUGCCAAUUCCUAGUGGGCUUACUUGGUCACUAAGGAAAUUCUGGCAGUGCAGAGAUGUUUUUAUUCAGAGUGGUGGAGCAGAUCAGUUUGUGAAGGCUGGAAAAUUCAGAAUUCAAAGACUGUACAGGUUUUUGCAUGAUAGUGGUAACCAAGUUGAAUGGAGAAGAAUUAUUUGCAACAGUAGAGCUAGACCCAAAAGUACUUUCAUUGUUUGGCUUGCUGUUCAAAAUAGAUUAGCUACCAAAGAUAGACUUCUAGGUUGGAAUCUGUCUAUUCAGAGUAGUUGUGGGUUGUGUCAGAUGCAUGAUGAAACACUGUGUCAUCUCUUUUUUGAGUGCAGUUAUGCCAAGCAAAUCUGGACUGCAGUGUUGCAGGAACUAGGCAUAGCUAGGGGGUGUCUUUCUUGGCAGGAGGAGCUUAGCUGGGUUGCUAAGAAAAGUAGAAGUAAUAGGUUGAGUCAUAUUAAAUGUAGUGUUGCCUUCAUAGAGACUGUUUAUGCAGUCUGGAUUCAGAGUUGUUUAGAGAUAAACUGGAGCCUGUUCCAGUUGUAG